AUGGUGGACGUCUUGGGCGACCGGCGCCUGCUGACCCGCGACGGCGCGUGGGUGGAGGCCGAGGCUGCGCUGCAGAACAAGGUGGUGGCUCUGUACUUCGCCGCGGGCCGGUGCCCGUCCAGCCGCGACUUCGCGCCGCUGCUCCACCGCUUCUACGCCAAGCUGGUGGCGGAGGCGCGGCCCCCCGCGCCCUUGGAGGUGGUGUUCGUGUCCGCGGACCGCAGCGAGCGGGAGAUGCUGGACUUCAUGCGCGAGCAGCACGGCGCCUGGCUGGCGCUGCCCUUCUGCGACCCCCUCCGGCAUGAGCUGAAGACCAGGUACCACAUCUCAGUCACCCCCAGGCUGGUGGUUGUGAAACCGAGCGGGGAGGUCAUCACCGACAAAGGGCGGAAGCAGGUCCGCGAGCAGGGGCCGGCCUGCUUCCAGAACUGGGUAGCGGCUGCCAACAUCUUUCAGAAUUUCUCCGGAUGACGUGGGGGUCUCCAGGCCUGGGCAGGUGUGCAAGCACGGGAGAAGGGGAGCUGGCUGGUUUCCAGUCUCUGCCUACUGUGGAGGAACUCGUGUCAGACCAGGGGUGCAAACCCCGCCCAGAAAGAGUGUCCUCUGGCAGCCUGUGAGGAGUUAAUGUGAUGAUUAGCGUAGCUUUCUCAGCGGGAGCUGGAGCUUGAACAGGCUCAUGUGGAGCUCCUGGAAACAUGUAUUUAUA